AGUUCGUGACUACCAACCAAACGAAGAUGCAGUACAAUCAGCAGCCGGCGGGAGCGCCGGGCUAUCCCCACCAGAUGCCCCCACCGAGCUACGAGCAGGUGGUGCACGUGCAGGCGCCAGAUCGGGUGGUUCACCACACGGCAGCACCUCCGCCCAUGGUGAUCAUACAACAUCAAACUGUAUUGCCGGUGGGUCCGGAUCCCACCUUCAUCACCUGCCCGCAUUGCCAUGUCCAGAAACUGACCCGCGUGGAGUACUCGCCCAGCGUGAAAACGCACUGCAUGGCCGCCAUUCUCUGCAUCGUUGGCCUCUGGUGUUGUGCCUGCCUGCCUUACUGCGCCACCAGCUGCAUGAACGCCAAUCACUUCUGCGGCAAUUGCAAUAAGUUCGUCGGCGUCUACAACAGUGAUUAGUACUACCAGCCGAGUAAACAGAACC